AUGGCACUCUUUCUCGGUGGCACCUUGACAGCCACUGCUCAGGAGUACUCUGCUUCUGCCAACAACAACCAAGUGUUGACUUUUUCUGAGACUAUUACUACUGCACUUGCUUCUGAAACUAUUACUACUAUUACUAAUACUGCUGCUACUGAUGCUGCUACUGACUCCUCCUCCUCGGACUCUUCCACCACCACCACUAAUACCAUUCUAGGAUAUGUUGGUGCCAUCAUUGCCAUUCUCUUUUAUGGUAGUAACUAUGUAGUCACAAAGAAAUAUCCAACAGGUGAUGGUGUGGCAUUCAGUUGGCUCAUGUCCAAUGGUAUUUUCUUUGUUGGUUUUCUCUCAUUGGCCAUCACCACUCAGAAUCGAUUGUAUUUUGAUGCAAGUGGUCUCAUUGGUGGUACCAUUUGGGGUAUUGGUAAUUUAUGUGUCGUACCAAUUAUUAAAACUGUUGGAUUGGGUUUAGGAUUUUUAUUAUGGAGUGGAUCGAACUUGAUUGGUGGAUAUUUGGUUGGUAAAAUUGGUUUAUUUGGUGUUGAAAGAGAAGUCAUUGAUAGUGUGGGUGGAAAUGUGAUGAAUAUCUUUGGAUUGGUGUGUGGAAUUGUGAGUUUGUUAUUAUUCUUUUUCAUUAAACCACCUUCAGAGAAGAGUGGAAGUACUACUAGUGGUGGUGUGAAUGGUGGUGUGAAUGGUGGUGUGAAUGAUGAAAAGAGUAGUAAUGAUGGUGGUGGUGUGAAUGAAAAUGAUGGUGAAAAGACCAUCGAUGAGGAACAACAAGAGACUACUACUACUAGUAGUACAAUAGGAGCAAGAGCAGCUCAAGAAAAUUCCUCCUCUGCCACCUAUGGAUCGAUGGAAAAUGGAAAUGAACAUUCUUCCUUGUUGGGUGGUGGUGUUGGUGGUGGUCAUACUCGUAGUAAUGAAAAGAUUUACAACAACGAUCAUUCCUCCAUUAAUGGAAAUGUUCGAACAUUCACAAAACUUUCCAAUCAUCCUACUCUUUGCAAAUUGAUGGCCCUUAAAGAUAACAAAAUCUUUUUAAGAAUUGUGGGUAUUGUGUUGGCCAUUGUUUCAGGAUGUUUGUAUGCAGUGAACUUGACUCCUUUCAAAUUAUGGGUUCAACAUGAAAUGUAUAUUCACAAUAAGGCACCCAAUCCUAUUGACUUUGCAUUCUCUCACUUGAGUGGAAUUUAUUUAUUGAACUCUGCAGUAUUUAUUAUUUAUAUUCUCUUUAAAAAGAAUACACCACAAAUAUGGCCUAAUAUGAUUUUACCAAGUAUGAUUUGUGGUGCCAUGUGGGGCAUUGCUACACUUGGUUUAUUAUAUGCUUCUUCAUUCUUGGGAUUUACUGUUGGUUAUCCAUUAGUGGCAAUUGGACCAAGUUUAGUUUCAACCUUUUGGAAUGUGUGUGUAUUUAGAGAAAUUACAGGUUUGAGAAAUUUGAUCAUUCUCUCAUGCUCAUUGGCAUUUGCCUUAAUUGGUGUGAUUUUAUUGGCAGUGAGUCGAAUGAUUUAA